AUGCCGUCCUUCGCAAGCUUUACCUCUAAGCCGUUGACCAUUGGCAAGGGACGGGAUCACCAUAAGUCCUACCCUCCCGUGUCCAUGAAAGCACCUUACCUCCCCGAAACCCCCCAUCUCGACACAUCCGACCUGCUCGUCUCGGUUCAGUCCGUCCCUUCUCCUUCGGAGCUAGAGAUUAGCCACGAUAGCAAAAAUAGCUCUCGCCCUGGCUCUAGAUCUAGUCGGUCGGUCCAGAAAUCAGAUCCCUACGUGCAAAGGGACACUGGUUUUGUGGGCGGCCACCAAUAUAAAAUCGAACGUCAAGAAGAACGCCGUCGACUGAGGUCUCUCGGAUUGUUGACUGGAACUCCAACCCCAACUCCAACUUCAACUUCAACCUCAACUUUCCAAUCCGAAGUCGCCAGUCCGCAGUCUCCAACUAUGUCGACCACUCCGACUUCACAGAAACCUGAUGCCAGGCGAAGGAGCAGUUGGCAGCCUCCGCUGAAAGGGAAACUUAAGAAGCGGAAUAAGAGUAGAGAACCGGAGCAGAGAAAGAGCAUUGAUCUAAAGCAUGCAUCAAUCGACUUCAAUACGAUCCCAAUUCCUCCUCCUCCACCGCCUCAUCAUGGCCCCCACUCGUUCUCGCGAAUUCAGAAUUAUCCGGCAUCGCCAAUGGCCAGUCCGUGUGCAACACCAGCACCUAUGACGCCAACACGGGACCUUCCUCAUCCAAACCCACCUUUUUCUCUUGCUGGACGGUCGAAUUCGAGCCUUGGAACAAUGCUUGGAGGAGGAGUAGCGGUGCCUGCUGCACAUGCUCCGUCAUCUCUAGGAAAUUUGGUGGAUUUCUACGAUCCAAAUUCCCCGGGAUUAGGCCAGGCUUUCUCGACAGCGCCUUCUUCGCCAAUUGUACCGUUGAAUAUACAGACUUCAGCCAGCCAAACCGCAUCUCCUAUUGGGUUCCAUAGACCGCGAUAUACAGCUCAGCUAGAUUCUCCUAUAGAUUCCGUUACAUCGUCUCCCCGUCUUGCUGCACAGGCCGAACAAAUCCCAGCAGUUCCAGCAAUUCCGAAUACUGUACCGACGAAGGCCCCAGUUCAGCCAUUUCAAUCUCCCCUCGUAACACCGCCGCCCAGCACAUCUUGUGGAAAUUCGAGUACAACGUCACUCAAUUCAGCUACGAGUCAGAAGCCCGCUGACAAGCCGGCGGAAAAAUCCGGAUUUCAGCCAUACCAACCAAAAUAUGCGGCAAAAUCCCAUGUCACAAGCACAGUUCCACUAUCCCAGGCUCUCAACCAAGAGCAGAUUGGUACCCCAUUUGUACAUCUGGAUUUUGCGCCCCCAACCAAGCCUUUUGCUCCCCGCCCGGCGACGGAAAACCGUAGAAGCACUUCUGAGACCCGCCUUACAACGCAGGAAGCAAAAGAGUACAAUGCUAUUGCCCAAGCGACGAGAGAAGCAUAUUAUAGUAGAAUUCAGUCGCCUUCGGAGACUUCUAUAUCGUCAAAGGCUACGGCUAGGCCACAACUUACGCCUUCCAGGCUGAGUUAUGAAGUGAGGAGUUCUCCAACACCAGAGACUCAAGGAGCGAAAUCAACUAUUCCUCCAAAGUCCAUACUUCGGAAACCAUUAGAUUUAAGUGUAGAAGAUAUCCAGGAAACCAAAGAGGAGGCCUACAAACGAUACACGUUCCCCCAAUCUGUUGGUUCUUCAACAGCCACAACACCGGAGCCGUUGAGACUGUUGUCUACUGUAUCAGUUCCCACCAAGAGCGAGCAAGUCAGCCCAAUAGAGCCUCCGGUAGAAGAAUCCCAACCGGAACGCGGGAGAUCCAUGUUUAAGCGUGGAGAAGAGACAUCGGACUCAGACCUGUCUCGCAGGAACUCGAUGGCUGCCCGAAAAUCUAUAGAAGUUGAGGCCCCUUCAGCAAAGAAUUUUGAUAUUUCGAAAUAUACCCAAGAAAGGUUCUCAAAGCCCCCAUUGGUGAAACAACAUAAAUCAUACCCUCCGGUCAGCUACAAAGCACCCAUAGCUGAUCCUCCUACUGUCGCUACUGCUGCCGCUGCCGCCACCACCACAAACGCAGAGCCUUCUGCUCCAGUAAAUAUUCCUCCUGUACCCCCACUACCUGAAUCAAUUCAAUCUGUCCGUGGUCUAUCAACGCCCCCUCCAAUAAGGUCAGAAACCGCGAUAGAAUCGUCAGACGAAGAAUUUGUGGAACGGCCAACUACCGCAGAAUCCAAGAAGUCGGUGAAAUCAAAACUUGGGACGAGCGUUACAACAGCCGAAACCGGCCCGGUUAGACCAAGAGCACCAUCUAUGUCUGAAAUCUUCAAAGAUUUCGUCAGGCACGACAUGGAUGAUAAUCUUACGUCGGAGCCAACCGAAGGGACAGACUGGUUGUCGCAGUUAUUCCGAGGGAAGAAGAAUGAGACAAGAAGUAGAUCUCGACCCGCGAGCGGUCUCUCGACCCCUGGUUCAAGCGCGUCCCCCCCUCUCGGAAGACCAGCGAAGAAAGAAAAGGAGCAAAAGAGAGCAUCCAAGAAUCUCGAGCUAACGGAAGAAGGUCGACGAGUGCAUGAACGUGCAGAAAGGCAGCGAUUACAACUCGAACGGAAGCUUAUGGAAGCCGAGAGUGAUUUGGCUUCAACACCCCGAUCACCAAGGUUCCCUCGUGGCACUUUCUCGGUUACGGGAUCUCCAGAUCUGAGAUUUGCAGGAACAGAUGCAUCGAGCCUGAGAAGCACAUCGACAACAUCUGUGGACCGGCUUGAACCACUUCAUAUACUUGGAAGCGGUUUCGCGCUAGGUCGUGCGAACGACCUUGCUGCGGACCUUAGUAUCUUUCUAGACGAAAAGAAGCCGUUGGAGCGCAGGAGGAGACCUUCUUCAGCUGAAGUUCGAAAACAGUUAGGUGAAAUGACGCCUCCCCAUGAGCGGGAAGAUUGGGAUACCGUCCGCAAUUCGCAGGGUAGUUUUUCCACACUCAACUUCCCACCGCAACCUUCGCCACAGUUCCAAUCUCAACCUUCGCCACAGCCGCAACUUCAACCACAAAGCCCACCUCAGAUUCAAGCUCAAUUUGUCCCUCCACCACAACCUACCCCUUCAAGUCCUCUAGUCCAGCCACCAAUCAUACCCGUGGCCCCGCUUGUUAUCAAACCUGUUCCAGGCCGUCUCCCGGUUGCAGCAGAGCCAUCCCCGCCAGUUCUACCAUCGGCACGCCUCAAGGAGCCACUCGGAUUGGAUCAUAGAACAUCAAACAGCUCACUUAUCUCGCUUGAUGUCACAAAGACCCUUACAAAAAUAUUAGUCAUAUGUUGCAAUUGCAACAGGUUACACGACCCACCCAGUGAUAUCUACAGAAAGAUGGCAGGAGGCAACAGCUCGUUUAGAUGUCCUUACUGUAUCCAUCAGAUCAACGUGCUAGAUUGUUGCUCCGCAUACACAUCUAUCUGCAAUCUCAUUGAAAAAUUAAAUUGA